UUAGUAAUUAAUACCUGGGGAAAUAUAUAAAAUGUUGCAUUACGUUAAAUAUCGACAGUUUGUAAGUAGCAAGGACCAUAGUGAGAGGCAUUGGACGUUUAGACUUGUACUUUUUUGGAUAGCAUAAAAAGUUUAUUAUUCAGGAUGGUAUUGCCUACUAUUCCCAAAGAUUUGAGAGGUCUUAGAGCUUGUCUGAUGUGCUCGUUGAUAAAGAGCGUCGAUCAGUUUGAAAAAGAAGGAUGCGACAACUGUGAAGAAUUCUUGAGUAUGAAGGACAACAUAGACAAUGUAGUUGACUGUACAAGCAAAAACUUUGAAGGAAUGAUUUCUAUGCUAACUCCUGGGGACAGUUGGGUGGCCAAGUGGCAGAGAAUUAAUCAUUUCUGCAAAGGUGUUUAUGCGAUUUCCGUUUCGGGACGUCUUCCAAACAGUAUCGUCAGAGAAUUAAGAAGUCGUGGCAUAAUCUAUAAGAGCAGAGACACCAGCCGAUGAUCAUUUUUUAUCAUUGCAAUCUUUUCAAGGAUUUUUGUUGCUGUGAACCAUAUCAUUUUGUAUUUUUCUCAUGUAUUAAAUGUGUGAUUAUUUUGACUUA